AUGAAAAGCACCCCUAGCGGCGGCAGCACUUUCGCGGGUCCACAUAACGUACGACGGCCGCCGCAGUCCCAUCUUUGGGGGUGCAGGAAUCCUCAUGUUCAGAGCAGCACAGAAGAGAUUAAGCGUAAUAAUAUACAGAGGUGUAUUAGGACUUUUAAACUUUCUUCCGGGAUGCUGCCCUCUUCCCUUGUGCGCGGUUGCGCACUACCUCUGGCGCUGCGCAGCAGUGGACCCGCCAGCAGACUAGGAACAGGACGCUCCUUUCCUCUCAUUGUUCCUACAAUAAGAUGUAUUGCAACUCACUCCCCCCAUCUGCAUGCGCCUUCACCUCCACCACGGGAAUUCAAUGCGGAUGGCAGCCCCAAAGUGUACCGCCUUACCCAGACUACAUACAACCACAAAUAUGAUUGGGAACGAUGGCAUUUGGCGCCGGUUGGCGUCUUUCACACCGUAUAUAAGGGCCAGUUUGCGAAAGAUUCUCCCGCCCACUAUGCAUGGUUGCUACAGUACAAUAUGCUUGUGGCGUCGGUGCCGGUGCUGCUGCUUUCCCUAUCGGUUGGAUUCAUGGUGGCGACUUUCUCCCUUAUCGGUAUAAAGCCGAAACGCUACACAAAGGACUGGAUGCUUGCAAACAAAGAGAGAGAACGCGCGGAAAAUAGCAACCCCAUGACCCGAUACCUCGACAGAAGGCGCAAGGAACGUGGCCCUAAUUGGCUCCCAGAGAAGUACCUCCCGACCCACCCAUUUUUGUCUGUGAAUAAGGACACGCGAGCGGACCUCACGAGCUCAGACUGA